GUAGAAUCGUAUUUCCGUGUACCUUGAUCGCUUCUUUAUUAGGCCAUUCUCAGCAAAUAUUCUACCUCUAGCGCCAUAUUACGCGUUGUUCUGAAGGUCCUCCAUUUUUCUUGCUCUCUCCAUCCCCUUCAAUACACCUCCGUGCAGCUCUCAGAGAAAAGAAGGAACUUCCGAGUUACGAAAAGAGAUGGGGCUCACCUUCGCAAAGCUCUUCAGUCGGCUGUUUGCUAAAAAAGAGAUGAGAAUUCUGAUGGUUGGUCUUGAUGCCGCUGGUAAGACGACCAUUCUCUAUAAACUCAAGCUUGGAGAGAUCGUCACAACUAUUCCUACCAUCGGGUUUAACGUGGAGACGGUGGAAUAUAAGAACAUCAGCUUCACUGUCUGGGAUGUCGGUGGUCAGGACAAAAUUCGUCCAUUGUGGAGGCACUAUUUCCAGAACACUCAAGGUCUUAUAUUUGUGGUGGACAGUAACGAUAGAGACCGUGUUGUUGAGGCAAGAGAUGAGUUGCAUAGAAUGUUGAAUGAGGAUGAGCUUCGAGAUGCAGUACUACUGGUGUUUGCUAAUAAACAAGAUCUUCCCAAUGCAAUGAAUGCCGCUGAGAUUACAGAUAAGCUUGGUCUUCAUUCUCUUCGGCAGCGCCACUGGUAUAUCCAGAGCACUUGUGCAACCUCCGGGGAAGGGCUUUAUGAGGGAUUAGAUUGGCUUUCAAACAACAUUGCUAACAAGGUACUUGCCCCCCCCCCCCCCCCCCCCCCCCCCCCCCCCCCCCCCCGUAAAUUUUAUGUAUAAUUGGUUUGUUUUCUUUAAAUUUCCUGCAUUUAUUUUGGGUUUUAUUAUCAAAAUUUUGUUACUCUUUCCGUUUUUAAAAUUUAAUUGAGAUUAAGAAAAUCACAUCGGUAUAAUAACUGAAGAAGGGAGAUGAUAACAUUUUUAAGAGAAUGUCAAAAGCUUUUUAUAAUUGAAGUUAAAUUACAAAAUUAAUAGUAAAUAAAAGAAAAUUUAUUGCAAGGGGCAAAAUUGCUAAAAGUAUUUACUAAAUUUCAAAUUCUAUUAAUGAUAAAUUAUUAUGUCUAUUAUUGUCCAUUAAGAUAGAAUAUUUAAUUUUGUUAUAUUUUAUAAAUAUUUUAUUUUAUUAUGUUAUAUUUGAAAAUGUCUCUAAAUAAAAAGGUUAAUCACAAGUAUGAUUUUCAAAUUUUUAUAUUUAUGUUUAAUCGGUUCUUGAACCUUAAGAGUAUAUAGUAAGUUCAUAAACCUUUAAGAUUAUCUAAUGAUGUUUGAUUUUGUAAUUUUGUGGAAUGAUCAACUUUUUAAAGUUACGAAGUGUUAGAUAUAAAAUUGAACUUUUUGUCUAAUAAGACACAAUUUUUUAUCGAGUAGAUGUAGGUUUUUGAAUUUUAAAUAAAAUGCUAAAUAAGUUGGAUAUCUAUUUGACACAAAAUUGAAAGCUAAAAUAUUUUAUUAGACACGUAAUCAAAAGUGUAAAAAUUUAUCAAAUAUUUCAUCAUAUCUAUUAGAUAGAUUUAAGAGUUUAGAGACCUAAAAAUCGAGUUUAUGGAUUGAACUUCCUAAACCUAGAAGCAAAGAAAAAUAUGGUUUCAGCCUUUCGAAAAUUUAGUUACUAUGAUUUUGUAUUCUCCUAAAGUUAGAUCAUAAAAACUUUAAACGAAUUUGUAAUAUUAUUGAAGAAGAAACUUGGACAAACAUUGGUUAUAAAAGUUGAACACUAUUGUAACUUUUCUUAUCUUACUAUUGUUUUAUAUCUUAAAAAAAAUUAUAUCUAUAAAUAUACACUGAAUGGUCUAAAUAGUAAAUAGUACUCGAUGCAUUUUAAAGAACACUAAAAUGGUAAUGAGUUGCAAUUAAUUUGAAAUUGUAUGUUGAUGAGCACUGACAUGUAUGUUGAAUGUUGCGUGUGCAAUGCAGGCAUAAAAGCUGUAAAAAGAGUUGUCUUGUCGACUGGCAAUCCCGGAUGCAGGGAUGGACGUUAUCUACUUUUUCUUGUUUUUUUGGGGAUUAGUAUUUCAUGCCUUUUCUUUAGGGAUUGAUCUUUCGUAGUGGUGUCGGUCUAUGGUCAUUAUUGUAAUGGUUGUUCGUGUACUCACCUGAGCUUGUGUGUUUAAUGAGAUGAUGUAAUUCAAAAUUUAACCCCCUCACUUCAUCUGAAA